AUGAGUGGGUGGCGCAAGCGCACCGCGUGUCACAGAAAACAGCAGCACGUGAAGAAACAGCAGCUCACAGUUUCAACAGCAAUGUCCAUGAUGAUGGUGCAGGUGGAUGUGAUGUGCUGUAAAUCAGUAGGAACUGAUCUGUCUAUGCUGGAUAUUGAUGAUUUGAUGACAGAAAUCUGUCAGCUGAAGAAAGAGGUGAAGUUACUGGAGACAAAACUCAGAGAGAGAGACCAACUCAACAGAAAGGAUGUAUGUGGUGUUUCUCUCUGUGAUCAAACAUCUCCAGAUCUUCUGCUUUCUGUCUGUAAUGAAGAGCAGAAGACAUCAGUGAAGCUGCUGGACUGUGAGAUGGAGCUGAAAACACAAAUCAAAGAAGAACAAACGGAUGACGAUGAUGUGAUUUAUUCAGACCUGAUGGAGGUGAAGGAGGAAAGUUCAGAACCAAAUGAAAAGAAGGAGGAACCUCAUCAUCUCAUAACUGGAGAAGAAUCUGUGAGCUGCUUGAAGAAUUUCCCACAAAACAAAUCUCAAAUAGCAACGGACAAAAUGCCUCAUGUGUGCCCUUGGUGUGGAAAGAUCUUCACAUUUAAAUCCAGACUUAAUUUACACAUGAAAAGUCACACUGGAGAACGGCCGUACAGAUGUGAUCAGUGUGGGAAGACCUUCAGUCGUGAAUACCACCUCAGUAGGCACCUGAGAAUUCACACUGGAGAGAAAUCUUAUGAAUGUAACCAUUGUGGAAAGACCUUCAUUUGUAAAAACAACCGUAAUGCACACAUGAGAGUUCACACUGGAGAAAAGCCUUACAGAUGUGAUCAGUGUGGAGAGAGUUUUAUGUGGGCAUCGGCUUUCAGAGAUCAUCUUCUCUAUCAUUCUGGAGUGAGAUCAUUUCAGUGUGAACUGUGCAGUAAAACAUUCUUUUCUGUAUAUAGCCUGAGGAGGCACGUGAAGACUCACACAGAUGUGAAGACUCAUGUCUGUUCCAUCUGUGGAAAGGCCUUCAUUGUUAAAUAUGACCUUCAAAAUCACAUGAGAACUCACACUGGAGAAAAGCGUUACAGAUGUGAUCACUGUGGACAGACAUUCACUCAUAAAUCUAGCCUUGCUGCACACAUGACAAUCCACACUGGAAAAUAACCUUACAGAUAGGAUCAGUGUGGAAAGAGUUUUACAUGGGCAAAAAAAGUUCUUCAGUAUAAACGAUCUUCUCUCUUCAGUUGUCUGUCCCUGAUGAGAUGGUUCUGGGAAGGGCUCAAGCAGGUGUGAUUCAUGUUUGUCUGGGUCUGCUGAUGUGCAUCUGGUCUAUAAUGAUAUACUGUAAUACUAAAGUCUCACUAAAUAUAAUAAAGAACUAUU